AUGACGAGCCCUCCUCGGUACCGUGAUAACGAAAAUGAUCCUUCCGAGGACCAGAUGAGAUUGGGACAUGACAGUACAUCAGCUGCUCAUCCAAGGUGGUACCGUCGAGAUCCACAAAGGCUUUGGGGCGGUUGUCUCCGCUGUUGGCCAUCAAGCAAAAGCUCAAUGGGGCGUGAGAAGCGAAGACGCUUGUGUAGAUGGGUGAUGAUAGCAAUUGUCAUCCUGACUCUAGUGGGUGUCAUUGCAGGCCUUGGUCUGCGACACAUCAUCGAACAUUGGAGAGAACCAGAUGACGAUGGUGCAUACAAGUUCGAGUGGAGAGACGACUUCAGCCGUGACAUUACUCCGAAGAACUGCCACUCCCACAACGACUACUGGCGCCGCGUUCCUCUGUACGAUGCCCUUGCCGCGGGCUGCUUCAGUGUCGAAGCAGACAUCUGGCUGACAGACGAUAAUAAGCUACUUGUCAGCCACUUAUGGCGCUCCACAACGAAACAUCGGACACUUCGAAGCCUAUACCUCGAUCCACUCACCAACAUCCUUGACAAGCGAAACGUCACUCUCGCCUCCGAGGGUACCAAAGAAGUUGGAGUCUUCGAUGCAGACCCAACAGUAUCCACGAUCGUACUCAUCGACUUCAAAAACGAUGGACACAAGACCUGGCCGAUUUUGCUCGACCAACUUCAAUCGCUGCGAGAUAGAGACUGGCUGACAUAUUACGAUGGCGAUGUCUUGCACCAAGGUCCUCUCACCAUCGUAGGCACAGGUAACGCACCCUUCGACCUUGUCCAGCAGAAUUCUUCAAACCGCUUCAUAUUCUUCGAUGCUCCACUGCUCUUAGUAUCAGACGAGCAGUACAACACUACAAACUCAUACUAUGCCAGCGUGGAGAUGAAGAAAGCGAUCGGUCCCAUCUGGCUCAACAAGCUGUCGGCGAAGCAAGUUAACAAGCUUGUGGGGCAGAUACAGGCUGCGGGUGCAAAGGGAUUGAAGAGCAGAUACUGGGGUGAGCCACGGUGGCCGAUCAGUUUGAGGGAUAAGGUGUGGUUCAAGUUGACUGAGUUGGGUGUCGGCAUGUUGAGUGUGGAUGAUUUGGUGAGUGCGACGAGGUGGAAUUGGGACUGGUGUGUUGUUGCUGGAUUGGCGCUUUGUGGGAAUAGUUGA